GUGAGAGGAUUUGAAUGAAUGCGCGUGGAUCUAUUUUUAUAUAUCUAUGCUCCUGCGCGGCGCAGGUUUCUCACGCAGGCCGCCAUUUUGCAUUCCCGGCUGCGUUCGCUUUUUCGUGGCCCAGUCGUGUUUAUACUCGUUUUAUUGCUAAUUCUGUUUAUUAUUUGUAUUAAUUAUAUUUUUAAGUGUUUAUUUUGUGAAACAUAUACACACGCAACGAUGGAGAACAAGGAGAACAAGCCGAAAUUGCUCAGCUGCAUGAUAAAAGGCCCGGCACCGAUUUAUAAGUUGCAGACUCUGGUCGGGUAUGACGGUCAUUGUUUGUCGAAGCACAGGGGUCCAGCUUAUACCAUGAGACCCAGAACAGAUAUGAAAUUGGAGAGCGUUGGCCCUGGUCCAGGGUACAACGUGUCUAAACUGACUAACUAUGGUUUGGAUAAGCCACCGGCAUUCAGUAUCAUUGGCAGGGAACCGUUCAAAGUAAGGGACUUAGGUCCGGGACCAGGGGCGCAUUACCCUGAACUCUGUCCACCAAUGAACCACGACAAGAGGCCUCCGGCUUACUCUAUCAAAGGCAGAGGCGUCACGAAACUGGAAGAUACUGGGCCUGGGCCGAACGCUUACGUUUUGCCCACCUGCAUAGGCCCAAGAAUUCCUGACAAAGUAGCCCUAGGUGCUUUCUCCAUUGCCGGUAUCCACAAGCUGAAAGAUGUUCGGAUCGGACCAGGACCAGCAGCGUAUACGAACGUGGAUUACGAUUUGAUCAAGCGAGCCGCUCCUGCCUACAGCCUCAAAUUCAGGACUCAGUUAGCGGACGUCGAUAUAAGCCCCGGGCCUGGCUAUUACCCUCAAUAUGACCCCGGAAGACGAGCUCCCUUAUACUCGUUCGGCAUUAGGCACAGCGAGUGUGCCGGCCUGCCCAUCACAGAUCUCGACGAGGAUUGACGUUCUCAUCGAUCAACAAAUAUUUGUGUACAAUCGACGAAGUACUUGCCCUAUAAAUAGAUUCCUAUUCUGGUGGGUUCAACUUGCGGCCAGCGCAAAAUUACUCAGUGCCCUGCG